UAGAGAGCGUCCAGACCACCAUGCUGUAGACCUACAACAUCCUCCUGCUCCACCAGAUCCUUUAGCUCCUCCCCUUUUCUUCUCAUCCCUGCUUCAGUGCCUGACUUACUGGUAAACUGUUACAAUAGCAGAGAGGCUGGAAUGCUAUCCCAAUCAAAUAGCUUUUGUAGAAAGUCUAAGUAGGGUAACAUUUGUUAGGUUUAGAAGUCUUAGAACCCUGGUUGGUCAGAGCUGAAGGCCAAUGAGAGGAGAGAUUAGGGGAGGGGUGUAGCUCAAGUGUGACAACAGCCCACCAGAUGGUUCUGAUCAUAUCUACAUUAACGUCCAGAGUUAUGGAGGAAAAAAAGCUUUGCUCAGAACAACCUUUUUUAUUCUCAUCACAGCUGGACAUGAUGUCAGACCUUUGGGCUUUUUCUCGGAUGUCCUUCCUGCUGAUUUGGGUUCUGGUAAUUUCCUCGAUGACGUCUGGCUUCCCUCAUCCUAGACUACCUCUCAGAAACCCUGAAGAUCCACAGGAGGUAAAACCUGAUGACUGGGAUGUUCUGUUCCCCUCCAUCUCCCUCCAUGACUGGAACAUCCAGAUGAUGUCAACGCCGAGCCUGAGAGCGGCAGCAGACGGCAAGGCUGGUCUGAUGAGGGAAGCGUGGCUGUUUGGUCCAGACAGGGCGGAGGCCAGUGUGGAAGGGGUGUGGCCAAGUGAGUGGGCUUCAGGAGGAGCCCGCCUGCUGAAGAGGAACAUGGUGGUGGCCGACGACGCCGCCUUCAGGGAGAAGAGCAAACUCCUGACCUCCAUGGAGAGACAGAAGUGGCUGAACUCCUACAUGCAGAAGCUUCUGGUGGUUGACUCCUGAUGUUUGCUUCAAAGUUCAGCUUUAGUUUCUGCUCUUCAGGAGAACUUUAGAUGUUUGUUGUUGAUGUGAAGAAAAUGUUGUUGGAAUUAAACUUAGAUGUAACUAAAACCCUGCAGAUGUUUGUGAUGUUCAUGAUGGAUGUUUUAGUCCAGGGAGAUGGUGAUGUUUCUCCAGAA